AUGCAGAUUAGCCGCAGUCCAGCCAUGAGGGAUUUGGAAAACGAGUCGAAGGAGAUUGAGAGAGUGGAAAAGGAGGAGCUGCAGGAAGAAGUUGAGGAGGAUACAAAAAUACUUCAGCCAUGGACGAAGCAGAUUACAAUACGUGCAGUAAUUGCAAGCAUAUUAAUUGGAUCGAUGUUUAGUGUGAUAGCGAUGAAGCUGAAUCUUACAACGGGGAUUACUCCAAACCUCAAUGUUUCUGCUGCGCUUCUUGCAUUCGUGUUUGUUCGAACAUGGAAAAAGUUACUUCAGAAGACAGGAAUUGUCUCGAUUCCUUUCACAAAGCAGGAGAAUACUAUGAUACAAACUUGUGCUGUUGCAUGUUACAGUAUUGCAGUUGGAGGAGGAUUUGGAUCUUAUCUACUGGGACUGAACAAGAAAACAUUUGAGCAGUCUGGUGGCUUUAGUACUGUAGGUAAUUCUCCAAGCAGUAUCAAGGAACCUGGGCUUGGUUGGAUGACUGGCUUCCUCUUCUUAGUUUGUUUUAUCGGCCUUUUCGUGUUGAUUCCUCUUCGAAAGAUCUUGAUUAUCGACUACAAGUUGACCUUUCCAAGUGGGAUGGCAACUGCAGUUCUAAUCAAUGGAUUCCAUUCCAGAGGUGACAAAAUGGCCAAAAAGCAAGUACGAGGUUUCUUGAAGUGUCUAUCGUUCAGUUUUUUCUGGGGUUUUUUCCAGUGGUUUUACAAAGCAAAAGACGAUUGUGGGUUUUCACAGUUUCCUACAUUUGGACUCAAAGCUUGGAAGCAAACGUUUUACUUUGAUUUUAGCACAACUUACAUUGGAACUGGAAUGAUUUGUUCCCACAUUGUAAAUUUGUCUUUGCUUCUUGGAGCUGUGCUUUCAUAUGGCAUGAUGUGGCCACUCAUAGGAAAUCUUAAAGGAGAAUGGUUUCCAGCAGAUCUGCCCGAAAGCAGCAUGAAGAGUCUUAAUGGUUACAAGGUAUUUAUCUCCAUUGCUCUCCUUCUAGGAGAUGGACUCUAUAAUUUCAUCAAGAUCUUACGUGUCACCCUCAUUAAUGUUCAUGGAAGGUUAAAAAGCAGAAAUCCCGACUCAGCCGUUGCCAGAGUUAGUCAGGACAAGACUCUCAACGAUCUCAAACAAGAUGAAGUUUUCCUUCGAGAAAGUAUUCCCAUGUGGGUAGGGGCUGCUGGUUACAUAACCUUGGCCCUGAUAUCAGUGAUUGCAAUUCCAUUCAUAUUUUCAGAGCUCAAAUGGUACUAUGUUCUUGUAGCCUACAUUUUUGCACCAUCUUUAGCCUUCUGCAAUGCAUAUGGAGCUGGUUUAACAGAUAUAAACAUGUCCUACAAUUAUGGAAAAGUGGGCCUUUUUGUAAUCUCUGCAGUGGCUGGGAAAGACCAUGGUUUGGUAGCAGGAAUGGCAGGUUGUGGGCUAGUCAAGUCCAUUAUUUCAGUUUCUUGCAUUUUAAUGCAAGAUUUCAAAACAGGCCAUUUGACUCUAACAUCACCUAAGGCAAUGCUAUUAAGCCAGACACUUGGGACAUUUUUGGGUUGUUUAGUUUCACCCUUAAGUUUCUUGUUAUUCUAUAAGGCAUUUGAUAUUGGGAACCCUAAUGGAGAAUACAAGGCCCCAUAUGCUAUAAUUUACAGAAACUUGGCAAUUCUUGGAGUACAAGGAUUUUCUGCUUUGCCAAAGCAUUGUUUGCAACUCUGUUAUGGGUUUUUCGCAUUCGCAGUUGGGAUUAAUUUGGUUAAAGAUUUUACUCCAAAGAGAAUUGGAAAAUGGAUGCCGCUUCCCACAGCAAUGGCAGUACCUUUUCUAAUUGGAGGGUAUUUUGCUAUUGAUAUGUGUGUAGGUACUCUGAUUGUGUUUUUGUGGCAUAGAAUUAACUCUAAGAAGGCAGAGUUGAUGGUUCCUGCUGUGGCUUCUGGUUUAAUAUGUGGGGAUGGUCUCUGGAUAGUGCCUUCAUCUGUUCUUGCUUUGGCAAAAAUAUACCCCCCAAUUUGUAUGAAAUUCUUGCCUGCCUAG